UUUUUUUAGUUUUUGGCGGAAUUGUGAUUCUUGUUAAAUAAAUGUAUUUAAUGGUUACUAACAAUUUUUUGUAGAAUGUAUUGCAGUAUUUAAUCAUAUAAUAUUGUUAACUAAUGCAUAUUUCACAUUGAUACUAAAAUUUUAACCUAAAAAUUGUCUGUUUCCUAUAAUUCAAUGGCAGGAAAACGAAGUGCUACUAGCGAUUUAAAUCAUGAUAAUUGGGAUCAAGAUGACGACCCGGAAGAUGCUGGUACAUUUCAAAAAGCCCCAGAAGAGUCCUUAAAAAGAAGAAUCAUAAAAACUGCUAGGAGGAGAAAUCCCAUCUCUUCUGUUAGGGAUGUAGAACCGGAUUCCAAGGUUUCUCAAGUCUUCACAGGUUUCUCAGGCUUCUCAAAAACGACUGCACCUGCUACUACUCCUUCAUUCUCGUUCUUAUCAAGUAUAACAAAACAAACUGAGAAACCCAAUACUAACGGUACAGGUGGAAAUGUAGAAAGUUCUGAAGCUGACAAAAAUACUUCCACUUCGACUUGUGCCAACCAGACACCUCUUUUUACUGGUAUAAAAUCAUCCAUUCCAACAAAUGACACGAAAGGAAAAUCAAAUGACUAUUACUCAAAACUGAAAGGCUUGAAUGAAAGUGUGUCAAAUUGGAUAAAAAAGCAUGUUGAUGCAAAUCCACUCAUCAAUUUGCAACCUAUAUUUAAAGAUUAUGAACAUUAUUUCAAUGAAUUAGAGAAAGAAGAAGACAAUAAAACAGAAUCCAAAACUGACGACUCUAAACAUACUGGGGGAAAUGUUUCUUCGAUGAGCAGUUUUGUGUUUAAGGCUACUACAAAUAUUCCUGAUAGCACUACAGAAAAGACAGGGCAAGAUUUAAAUAAGGAUACUCCUAAAGUCUCUUUUGGAUCUUUGUCAACGGCUAAUAUAAUUAGCGAUACUAUACCUAAGUUUGGCUUCAGUAGUACAGGGACCUCAAAUACUUUUUCAUUUGGAAAUUCUACUUCUACAUCUAAAAGUAUUGUAACUCCGUCACUGUCCUUUGGAGGUAAUUUGUCAACACCUAAUAACACAGGUUUCAGCUUCACUAGUUCGACACCCUUCACAUUUAACAAUGUUUCACAACCUGCAUCAACGAAUGAAUCCAAGAAACAGAAGGAAUCGGAAGAUGAAGAUGAUGAACCGCCUAAAGCCGAGUUUACUCCAGUGGUAGAAAAGGAUCAUAUUUAUACGACAAGAUGUAAAGUAUUUGUCAAGAAAGAUGGCAAUUUUGGUGAUCGAGGUGUUGGUAAUUUGUAUCUCAAGCCUAUCGAAAACAGCGAAAAAGUUCAAUUUAUCGUCAGGGCAGAUACUAAUUUAGGUAAUUUAUUAUGUAACUUUAUACUUUCUGCAAGCAUCCCAACAAAAAGGAUGGGAAAAAAAGAUGUUAUGCUAGUUUGUUUACCAACACCCGAUUUCAAACCUGCCCCUGUGCCUAUCUUGUUGAGAGUGAAGUCACCAGAGGAAGCCGAUAAACUGCUAGAGAUCUUGGAAAAGCAUAAGAAAUAGUAAUUGUUAAUCAUUUAGUCUUAUUUUAUCAACACUGUGCUCAAUAAAAAUAUUGUUUUUUA